AUGGGUCUCUUCGGCAAGAAGAAGAAGGUCGCUGCGAAGACCGCCCCUGCAACUGGAGAUGGCACAGAGAUGGAGACUGGCACUUCAACACCAGUAGGCUUCCAAGCAAAUCCUUUCGCAACUCCUCAAUUCAGCAGAGCUACGACACAAGAAAAGGGCGAGUUCACCGGAUAUUUUCCGCCAGUUCAGACUCGAGCCUAUGCCGCAAGGAGACGAAAGUUCCAAAGCAGUCGACUGCAGCCUGGAGAGUACGACGAGAAGCCUUGGAUGCUCGGUAAAGAAGAUCCUAACUUCAAGCGAAAACGAGCUGAGCGAAUCAUCUUCUGGAGUUGCAUCGCAGCUGGUGUUGUGAUUGGUGCAGCAAUCUGUGCUCUUAGCUACAUCAAUGUCUCCACAGGCACUUUCUGCCCGUUCCUUGAGGACGACUUUCACACCAUCGAUGAGAACACCUGGAGCUACGAAAUUCAGCGAGGUGGCUUUGGCACAGGCUCUUUUGAAUGGACUACCAACGACCCCAAGAAUGCGUACACUGACGCCGAAGGUCUUCACAUCGUUCCAACUCUGACUACCGAGACGACGGACAUCUCACCUGCUCAGAUUCUCGAUGGCUACGUUCUGAACCUCACCACGGCUCACACAUGUACCUCCGACGACUAUACGAUGUGCUCAGUGCGAAGCAAUGUGACCGCUGGCACAAUCGUGAACCCAGUGCGAAGCGCGCGACUGAUCACAAAGGGAAAGAAGAGUCUCAAGUACGGUCGCGUGGAGGUCAUGGCCAAGAUGCCACAAGGUGACUGGCUGUGGCCUGCAAUCUGGAUGAUGCCAGAGUCCAGUGUCUACGGAAGCUGGCCACAGUCUGGAGAAAUCGACAUUGCCGAGACCAAAGGCAACAGCCCUGUCAACUAUACAAACGGUCGCGAUGCCAUGUAUUCGACGCUUCACUGGGGCCCGUCAUCAGCUACUGAUGCGUUCUGGAGGACGUCUGGAAAGCACGUCCUGAAAAGAUCUGACUAUUCCUCGGCUUUUCAUCUUUAUGGCCUGGAAUGGACUAGCAAAUAUCUUUUCAUGUACAUCGACAGCAGAUUGCUUCAAGUAUUCUUCCUGAAGUUCGACAAUGGACCCAAGAGCAUGUGGAACCGUGGAAAGUUUGGCGAGACGAUUGUCAACAAGUCUGCGUUGGCAGAUCCGUGGUCGCAGACUGGCCAGGACAAUACACCCUUCGACCAGAACUUCUACCUCAUCCUCAACGUUGCUGUUGGUGGUACGAACGGUUACUUCGAAGAUGGCAAGGGCAACAAGCCAUGGGGCGAUGCUUCGCUCAAUGCACCCAAGGAGUUCUGGAGUGCCAGCCCUAUCUGGCUACCCACGUGGGGCAAGGGCGAUGCUCGCGGAAUGACGGUCAAGAGCGUGAAGAUGUACAAGGAGGGUGCAUGUUAA